UAGUCUCCAGAGAGUAAGCAUGAUGGUUGCAAAGCUGAUAAUGAUGCUGUGCCUAGCAGCCGCCGUAACAGCUGACAGACGCCCGACUUUCUACGCAGCUCCUCAGGAAUCAUCCGAGGAGUCGUAUGAGUCAAGUGAGGCUCAGUACAACUUUAACUAUGCUGUGAAACACGAAGACUCCGGCAACGACUUCGGUCACCAGGAGACCCGCGACGGUGACAACACCAAGGGGUCGUACUACGUGCAGCUUCCCGACGGUCGUCUGCAGACCGUGACUUAUUACGUGGACGGUGACUCAGGCUACGUGGCCCAAGUCUCCUACCAGGGCGAGGCUCGCUACCCAGACUCCGAUGAGUCUUACGAGUCCCGUGAAGCUCCACGCUACGCUCCUCCAAGACCCACCUAUGGAUAGAACUUACCAUCUAAACAUUCAAGAGAACAACAUAUCCUUCUAGAGAAAAUUAUUUUUAUAUAUUUAUUUAGA